AAAAAGGUGUAGUGAUAGGCUAAAGACUGAGAGUGGCAGUAGUGAGCAGUUAACCGUAACAAGACUCCCAGAGCAGACGAGGAAGACGAAGCGACGCAUGCGCAUGGUGCUGACCUUCCAGACAGCGAGCAUGGCAACACGGACACUAACAAGAGGUUUGUUGGGACUAAGACAUGCUGCUGUGAAACUCGACAAGUGUGGAGGAUGUGUUUAUUCCUCGGCAGCGGCUUUACAGGUUCCACCGCCUCAAACACAGCAAGUCUAUCAAAAUUCAGACCACAUUUUCAAACUGACCCUUGAGAAAGAAGACUUCUUCAGGGUGUCUGAGCUUUUCUCCUUGAAGGACUUGUUUGACGCCAGAGUGCAUCUUGGCCAUAAGAAAGGAUGCAGACACAGGUUAAUGGAGCCCUACCUUUACGGCUGCCGUCUGGACCAGGACAUCAUCGACCUGGACCAGACCAUGGAACACCUCCAGCUCGCCCUCAACUUCAUGGCGCACGUGGCUUUCCGCGGCGGCAUCAUCCUCUUCGUCAGCCGCCGCCGCCAGUUCUCCCACCUGGUGGAGAGCACGGCGAGGGACUGCGGCGAGUACGCCCACACGCGCUACUGGCAGGGCGGCCUCCUCACCAACGCCCACAUCCAGUACGGCGCCGGCGUGCGCCUGCCGGACCUGGUGGUCUUCCUGUCCACGCUCAACAACGUCUUUCAGCAGCACGUCGGCGUCCGCGACGCCGCCAAGAUGAACAUUCCCACUGUCGGCGUGGUGGACUCCAACUGCAACCCCAGCCUGCUGACGUACCCCGUUCCCGGGAACGAUGACACGCCGGUUGCCAUGGAGAUGUACUGUCGCCUCUUUAAGAUGACCAUCAACAGAGCCAAGGACAAGAGGAGGCAGAUGGAGAUGGUGCACGGCCUCAUCGCGCCCGCCUCGCCGACCUGAUUGAAAGACGCUGUUUGAAGUGGAAUCUUUUUGUUUUGGGAACUGUGUGUAUAAUACUGAUGAUCUAAUACAUCUUGCAAUUGUAUAUUAUC